UUGAUACUCAACUUAUUUAUGUGUGAAAAAUGUCAUGAAUAUGAUUUUUGCUUCAGGCAUUUAAUUAAGGUUUAAUCAUCGAGUUUAUUUUCAUUCAUUACAUUUUGAUGAGUUUGAAGUGCUCAAAAACGAACGACUGAGAAUUUUAUUCAGUCGAUUCUCAGAACCCGAAUUGUUAAGAACGUUUUUUAAAUAAAAUGUUGAGAAUUUUUGUAGUCGGGAUUUUAGUUUUGAGCACACAAGGAAUUUUAUCUCCCGAAAAUGAUGAUGUGUUAGACUUGAUUCGGCACGCUGGCUAUCGUGGAGCUGCUUAUCAAACAGCAACUGAGGACAAUGGAUGGAUUGUGAAAAUUCAUAGAAUUUUUCCUAGAAGAAAAAUGGCAAAUACAAUGCCAGUCUUUCUUAUGCAUGGAUUAUUUGUAAACAGUAUGGACUACAUCCUUACAGGACGAAACAAAGCUCUAGGAUAUCUCUUAGCUGAUAACAAUUUUGAUGUUUUUAUGGGAAAUUCACGCGGGAGUCGACAUUCAUUUGUGGAUCACAAAAGAGCAAAUUAUUCAAAUUUAUGGAACUUUUCAUUCAAUGAAAUCGGAAGCUACGAUGUUGCAGCUAUGAUUGAUUAUGUGCUGCGUCUAACAGGCAAACCUAAAUUAUUUUUUGUCGGUCACUCGCAGGGUACAACAAGUUUAAUAGCGCUGCUAUCAACCCGCCCAGAAUACAAUUCGAAAAUUAUUCAAGCUCACUUAUUUGCACCUGUAGCAUUUAUGAAAUAUCUUCCUAAUCCAUUUGUGAAAUCAUUUAUAGUUCCCCUAAUUGAAGUUUUAAUGGAGAGAAAAAUGAAAUUUGUAAAUUUCACAGAUAUUUUAACAGCUGUUAAUCCUUUAUCUAAGAUUUUCUGUAAUGUUGCCAUCAAUCCAAUAACUACAGAAUUUUGUAAAUCUGUUGUGUUUAUAUUUGCUGGAAGAAACACGUAUUAUUCGGAGAUUGAUACAAGCAUUCUGCCUGAUCUAGUUGAUCACAUUUCGUAUACAUUAAGCGUGCAACAAGUCGAUCAUUACUUACAAUCUUAUCGAAGUGGAAAGUUUAGGAAAUAUGAUUAUGGAUUGAAUAAUAUGAGAAUUUAUGGAACUCCGGAACCUCCUGAAUAUAAUAUUUCUAAUAUUAUUGCUCCAAUUUAUAUUUAUCGUGCUACAGAAGACUACUUGGCUUCAAGAAGGGAUACAGAACAUUUGAUCGAAUUAUUACCUAAUGUGAAGCAUAAUCGAAUAAUUCCCAACUAUAAUCAUGCAGACUUCAAUUAUGGAAGCAGAUCUCGCAAAGUAUUCUUCUACGACGUAUUAAAAUUUAUUCAAUCAGAGUCUUACUAUAGACAUUAAG